GUGUAAAGUCCUUUCUGUUCACUCGGCUGAGGCUCCUGUGGUGCUAUAGGGCUCUUGUUUGGUGUGCUGUAGACUCCACAAGGCGUGUUUCAGCUGUGGGUUCGAGUGGACUGCUGGUCUUCUCAUCACCUUAUCAAUCUUUCUACCCAAGCGGUAGACCUCUCUCUCUCUCUCUCUCUCUCUCUCUCUCUCUCUCUCUCUCUCUCUCUCUAUCUCUCUAUCUCUAUCUCUCUCUCUCUAUCUCUAUCUGUGUGAGAGUAAAUGCAUGUCCUCCUGGUUUCUCCAGAAGACAGACAGGUGGAAUCAGCCGAGCCUGCAUUUAAUACAGGAGCUAAGAAGAAACCGCACCAUUUAGGAGAAGGACUGUUUCAGGACUGCUUAGUGAAGAACCCCCAAGAGACCCUCUUUCUGAUUGUCUGAGGAUCUCUAUCUCUUAAGCCUGGCCUGAGAGAACCAUCAGCUGUACUGCACCGUCAUCACUACAGACUCUCAACUCUUCCCAGUCUGCUGAGGACAGCCCAGCCAUCUAGCCAUCUGCAUCUCUCUCCUCCACAGGACUCCCACAGCCUCUACACCAACCCCUGCACUGCUACAGCCCCCGGCGUCCUCCCUCUGCCCCCUCUCCCUCCCCCCUUCCCGCGAACACUGGCACAGCAGCACUUUAGGACUUCUAGUCAUGAGUGAAUUCUGGUUGUGCUUCAACUGCUGUAUCGCCGAGCAGCCGCAGCCGAAGCGACGGAGGCGUAUCGACCGGAGCAUGAUUGGCGAGCCCACAAACUUUGUCCAUACGGCCCAUGUGGGCUCUGGAGAUCUGUUCAGUGGCAUGGACUCUGUCAACUCAAUUCAGAACCAAAUGCAGUCGAAAGGUGGAUAUGGGGGAGAGGCCAUGCCCAUUAAUGUGCAGAUGCAGCUAGUGGACACAAAAGCAGGAUAAUUUGUAUUUUUGGGAGGCCUCUGGCGGAUCUUGAUUCACGUGGGUCUCGAUUCGGACAGCGCUCGCCUCCCAUGGCCUCCGUCCGCCUGCCUUCAGUGACUACUCCCAGCCUCCCCCUGUUCUCACCCAGCAAACACAUGGACAGUCAUGCACUCCAAGGGAACGAGGAUGCCCAGUCCACGGCCGCCGGGCCGCCGGACACAAAGCAGCGCUUCAGUGUCGUCUCUCCACCCCAUAACGGACGCUCUCUCGCUCGCAUGCCUGCCCCUCACCAUCCUCGCCAUCCUGCCAGAAUAGCAGUGCAAAGUGUAACCCCGCUUUCUUUGUCUGUGGUUUGCCGUGAACAGCUAAUUUCUGAGCACUCCUUUUUGAAGGUCUGGAACCUACGAGUACAAAAAACGCAAAACGAUUCACUUUUUAUUUAAUUGAGUUUUUUUGUUUCACUUAUUUUGGAUUUUUGAUUUAGAUUUUCCUUCACAGACAGACAUUGAGUUCGAAGAUUGGCGCCAAGCCGCCAAAGAUGUUUGUAUACAUAAAACGUGGCUAGCUCUGGCCGUGCGGUGCCAAAACGCUCGUUACAAUGGAAUGAUGACUCUCUGCUGACAAGAAGUACCUUCUUUUUUCUUUUCUUUUUUGUUGACCCAGGCACGAAUGAAUGCCGAUUUUGUAGGAAAUGUGAUUGUUACUUCGCUGUUUACAUCGUUCCAGUUCACAUUCCUUGUAUCUCUGUUUUUUUCUCGUGAUAGUGAUAUGAUUGGAAGAACAAUGACUGAUGUUGAAGUGUCCAACAUUGGCGUUUUUCUCGCUGUUCUGCUGUAAAUGUUUUUUUUUUUUUUUUUUUUUUUGGGGUUCUUUUUUUUUUAUAAAACUUGAUAUGAAGAUGCUCAAGCUGUAGUCGUAUGCUGUACAGUUUAUGUGGAAAAAAGACAAUGUAGUCUAUGUCCUAAUGCUUUAUGCUGAUGUGGCAACAAAUAUUUAUAAGAUUGUGGAAGAUCUUGACCAUGGGCCAACUGACUCCCCUCGUCUCCAUUUAACGGUUAUUAUUAUUAUUAUUCACAGUCUUCUAUGAAAGAGUCUGGUAUGAAUAUACAACCUCUCAAAAAGGAAAUAGUGGUCUUUUGGAGGAAGUGUUUUUAGAUAAUAUCCUAACAAAUUGAGUCACUUUUUAAACAAAUAUCUGAAAUAUUGAGGUUUAUAGGCAGAAUGACCUUGUGGCAUCCCAGCCUGAAGAUAUUCACUCGGGUUGAGAGGCUUAUUUUUCUAACUGUUUAAAAACAAUAAAAUAGAAAUUGUAUGAAACUGCACUAAUUUCUCAAAUUUAAAUGCAAAAAUUCUAUAAUAAUUAUACAGCUUGUUAAACUAUAGUUAUCUUACCAUUGCAGUGGCAAACGGUGCUAAUGUUAAUAUGUAAAACUUUUUUACAGCAUCACAUGGUAUUUAAAAAAAGUGUCUCUCUGGUUAGUCACCUCAUAAAGUGGUCUGUUUUUAAAUGCGUCUUGAGUGUGUUCACACUUGCAUUUUAAUCUGGAUUGUUUUAAUCCAGAUACAGUCUUGAUACUCAAGACAGAUAAAGUGACCAGGUGUAAACGGGAUCCAAAUGAAAUGUAAUCUAUUUCACAUCAGCUUUACACAUUAGUUGAAUUAUAAGUGACAUUACUUAUACUUCAUUUAAUUUAUUUCACUUUCAUGUCAGAGUAAUGUCAGUUUUUGUUUGCCAAAUUAACAGAUAUAAAUUACAAAAAAGGGAAAGUCCUUAUUUUUUUUUUUCACUUAAAAAAAAAUAAAAAAAAUAUUUUUCAGCAUUGUCUACAAUAUUAUAAAAUUUUUAUUACAAAUGAAUUUAUACCAUUUAAACUGGAAAAAAUAAUGAGUCACAUCAAAAUAAUACUUUUGCACCUGUGAAAUCACUCGUGACAUUCUCUUCUUUAUACAAAGCUUGAAUACAAAUCACAAAAAUCUAAGUUUUUGCUGCUGCAAUGGUAGAAUGAUGAUAAGGUGCUUAAAUCUAUGGCUGUAUGUUUAGACUGCAAGCAAAUCGGAUUAGAUUCUUUGUCUGCAAUGUUUCUUGUAAAUUGUUUAGAUUGGAUUUGCAUGUCUGGAAAUUACAAACCAACAUCGAUUGCUGUGGUAGGCAGAUUUUAUGUGCUUUUUUUGCUAUCCAGACUAUCAAAAGUCUGUCAGUCUGGAUAGUCUAGAUAUGCCAGAAAGAAAUCUGGCAGAUUUGCACUGGCAGUCUGAACACACCCUAAGAUCCUAUAGCAAGCUGUUUGCACUGAAUGUCUAUAAUUGAUAUUGCCUACUUCAGAUAAUUCAGAUAUAAGGAGUUCUCUAGCUGAGUAGGAUCACUAAACCAGAACAAACAUAUCUCAGAACAGAGCUGUGCAUUACAGUGCAGUGACCGAUGGAAGUCAAGCGCCCACAUGUUUGUGUUAUUGAGAAACAAUCGAAAGAGGCCGUACAGUGUAGGAACUAACAGCGAAACGUAUGUGUGUUGGUCCCCGUUGUCCUUUGUCUUCUACUCAAGUGCUUUCUGUUUGUAUAUACUGUACGUUUCGUGUGCCACAACCCGAUCCUAAUUUAUUUUCUUUAAAAAAAAAUGUUGGUCCAUUUUUAAUGUCAUCUUUUUAAAAAUGAUUGUCUUAUUUUAUCACACUGUUGUCAAAAUGAAUCAUUUUGGCGGAGUUGUUUAGUUUGAGCUGGACGAAGAGGAGCAUUCUCCUGGCACUCUUGUGGAGAUGUGCUUGAAAGAUCAGCAGACAGAGACUUGAGACAUCUGGAAGGAUGGUAAUAAGAAGACUGAACAGAUAGCUUUUUAUCAGUUUUUUUGCAAUAUGGUGAUAUUUUUGCCAAAGUGGUAUCACUGACACGCAAUACAUAACAAGGACUCUACUCUCAGCCUGUGUUCACCACAAACGGAUUUCAUCAUCAGGGAAUUCAACAAAUCCAACUGUUAUUUUUGCUGUCAUUACAUAUUUUUGUACACUCCUGCUUGUGUUAUUCCGCAUCCUAUGUUGGCUUGUAGAUGACCAAAUGUGUUCUGUUGAAAUAAAUAUUUUUUUCCAUGUUA